GCCGGAAGUGCCGCUCCCUGGUGGGGGCUGUUCAUGGCGGUUUCGGGGUCUCCAACAGCUCAGGUUGAAGUCCAAAAGCCUCCCGAGGAGGAGUCUGCGGAAUUUGAGGUUUUUGCUGGUGUGAAAUGACUGAGUACAAACUGGUGGUGGUUGGAGCAGGUGGUGUUGGGAAAAGUGCUUUGACAAUCCAGCUAAUCCAGAACCACUUUGUGGAUGAAUAUGAUCCCACCAUAGAGGAUUCUUACCGAAAACAAGUGGUGAUUGACGGUGAGACCUGUCUACUGGACAUACUGGACACAGCUGGACAAGAGGAGUACAGUGCCAUGAGAGACCAAUACAUGAGGACAGGCGAAGGGUUCCUCUGUGUAUUUGCCAUCAAUAAUAGCAAAUCGUUUGCAGAUAUUAACCUCUACAGGGAGCAAAUUAAGCGAGUGAAAGACUCUGAUGAUGUACCCAUGGUGCUGGUAGGGAACAAGUGUGACUUGCCAACAAGGACAGUUGACACAAAGCAGGCCCAUGAGCUGGCCAAGAGUUACGGAAUUCCAUUCAUUGAAACCUCAGCCAAGACCCGACAGGGUGUGGAGGAUGCCUUUUACACACUCGUAAGGGAGAUUCGCCAGUACCGAAUGAAAAAGCUCAACAGCAGUGACGAUGCCACUCAAGGUUGUAUGGGGCUGCCCUGUGUGGUGAUGUAGUAAGAUCCUUUGAAAGUUCUGUCAUCAGAAAAGAGCCACUUUUAAGCUGCACUGAUGCCCUGGUUCUGACAUCCCUGGAGGAGACGUGUUCCUGCUGCUUUCUGCAUCUCAGAGAAGCUCCUGCUUCCUGCUUCUCUGACUCAGUUACUGAGCACAGCCAUCUAACCUGAGACCUCUUCAGAAUAACUACCUCCUCACUCGGCUGUCCAACCAGAGAAAUGGAUCUGUUUCUCCCCAGUAGUAGUUCUCUGCCCUGGGUUUCCCCUAGAAACAAAUACACCUGCCAGCUGGCUUUGUCCUCUGAAAAGCAGUUUACAUUGAUGCAGAGAACCAAACUAUAGACAUGCAAUUCUGUUGACAACAGUUUCUUAAGCUCUAAGGUAAUAACUGCUGGCGAUUUCCCCCAUGCCCCCAACUGUUGAACUUGCCCUUGUUAGUUUGGGGGGAAAUGUCAUAAAUUACUCUCUUCCCAAGAAUAUAAUUAAUUUGCUGAUUGAUUGAUUUGUAAUGUGAUUAGCUAUAUUCUAUAAACUGGCAUCUGCUCUGUGUUCAUAAAUGCAAACAUGAAUACUCUCAACUGCAUGCAAUUAAAUCCAACAUUCACAACAAAGUGCCUUUUUCCUAAAAGUGCUCUGUAGGCUUCCGCUACAGUCUGUGAUUGGAAUAGAUGUCUCAAGAACCAUUGUGUAGGAAAGUGACUAUGAUCCAUCUACAUUUGAGGGAAAGGUAUAUCUACCUGAUGGCAGAUGCUUUGUAUAUGUACAUGAAGAUAGUUUCCCUGUUUGGGAUUCUCCCAGGAGAAAGAUGGAACUGAAACAAUUAUGAGUAAUUUCAUUUAAUUCUAGCUAAUCUUUUUUUUUUGGGGGGGGGUAGGUUACCACCUAUAAAUAUUUGUCAUUUCUUCUAGCUUACUGAUAAUCUAAUAAUCAAUGAGCUUCCAUUAUAAUAAAUUGGUUCAUUCCAAGAAGUCCUCCAUUUAUAGUUAGUCAGAUACUGUAAAAAUUGGCAUGUUAUUACUUUAUAGCUGUGAUUAAUGAUUCUUCAAACCUUAAAUACCAUUAUUAGCAGGCAGGUUAUAUCUCUCCUGCAUAGUUUCUUCAUGGAAUGCGUGUGUGUGUGUGUGUGUGUGUGUGUGUGUGUGUGUGUGUGUGUGUGGAGAGAGUGGCCUUCAGUUCCCUUCUCAGCAUCCCUCUUCUCUCAGCCUAGAGCAUCCUAUAGGGGCUUGAAUAAUUAUCUCAGUUGAGUAAACCAUGGUGCUAAUGGACCAGAUCAUGCUUUCAAAACUUGAACAAGCCAGUUAGCAUCACUGAGAAAACAGUUCACCCAUAUUUGUUCCCUGCCUAUUAUUCCUGCCUAUAGACUUUUGCCUGAUGCCUGCUGUUAGCACUAUAAGGAUAAAAUUUAGUGUGGUUCUAUACCAGGACUGGAAAUACCUGGUGAGCUGUGAGGUAAGCCUAGAUAUCUUUACAUUUUCAGACCCUUAUUUUUAGCCACAUGGAAACUGAAGCCAGAGUUCAUACCUCCAUCUCUCCCCCUGUUAGAUUAAUGUUCUAUACAGCUUUCUAAAAGUAUUUAAAACAUGUCUGUAAGUUAGGCUGCCAACUAACAAAAGCUGAUGUGUUUGUGCAAAUUGGUAUCCUUUGCUACUUGAGAGAAGAAUGUAAAAUGCCAUUAAUUGUUGUCAUGUAGAGGCUUGGUAUUUGUGGUAAUGCCCUGAUAAUUCAUUGGUGGGUUUUGUUUGUCAUGUGAUACUUAAGCUUUAUAACUCAGCUCAGUAAUUCUAAUGAAAACAUAAAUCGGAUACCUUGAUUGAAACAAGCAAACCUAGUUCCAAAAUGGCCAUUUUCUCUUCUGAUCUUGUAAUACCGAAAAAUCUGAGAUCCUUGGGAUUCCUUUGUUUAUAACAGGAUCUUGGUAUGUAGUCCUGGCUGGCCUCAAACUCACAACAUUUUUCCUGGAUUAAUCCCCCAAGUGCUGGGAUUGCAGGCACAUUCUACCACACACACCUGGCUCAUCUAGUUUCUAGUAAGUUCUCAUUGUUAAGCAAAUUCCCCAUCACCUUGAAACUAAUCAGAAGAGGGAAGAAGCAAGCUAUGCUGCUCAGUGCUGGGGCCAUUCACUGGGGUUUGCGUUCCUAAGCCUUUUACAGUGUGGCUCAGUCAUCUUCCUGAAGCUGCCAAAGCCAACACUUGGUCUUGUUCUGUUUUAAUGUGUCUGUAUGACUGGUGGUGAAUCCCUAAAACGUUUAUUAAACUCCAGUUAAGGAGAAAGUUACUUCCCUUGGCCCUUUUGACCAUAUUUCAUGUGUGUGGUGUAUGUAUGUAUGUAUGUAUGUAUGUAUGUAUAUAUGUAUGUAUGUAGUUGGUCUCCAGUAUGUUCUAAACACAGAAACAAACGGAGCCAAUUCAGCCUUCAGAUGCCCUUCCUCGCAUAUAUCCCACGGGGUGUGGGUUUUGGCACAACAGUGACAAAAGCCAAGUAAGUCUAGUUGGUGUGGUAUCAAUGUGUUUUUAGAGAGAGUAAUUAGUGAAGAUCUGGGUUACCUCAAAGUCACAAAGCCUCUCUUGCUGAAUUUAAGUGCCUGGCCUGCUGUCACAAAUUAACAUGUUCCUUUAAGGCAGUUAGUUGAAGCUUUGUUCACACAUUGGAGAGUAUGAAAAUGAAGUGUUCUAAGGAGCUCUGAUACUGAAUUUGUGUAAACCUGUUAAAUGCUGUUUGUUCCAGGACUUAAGAGUGUGUGAGUUGGUAUCUCAGUACUUCGUUUACUAGUCCCAUAGGAGUGCCAUGUGUAUAGUGGAGGUAGGUUUGUUUUAGCCAGCCACCUGUAGAAUCAGCCUUUAAACUGCUGUGAACUUUGUCAUGACUUGAACAUGAAGAUAAACAAAAACUCUCUAAAGACAAAAAUGUUUGUUUUCCCCAUUAGAGAAUGUGUGAGCUUAGUUUUAUCUUCCUUUGUAUUUAGUCAAACUCUCAAGCUGGCAGCUACGACCAAGGAGCAGAAGUGCAUUCCACCUGGUGGCGUUAGCUCUGCUAAUUAUGAGAAGCAGAGUUAAUAGUGGAAAACGUUUUGCCUGGGUGGUUUCUAUUUAAAAGAGAGAGAUGAUAAUUCUUGAACAUUAGUUUUUAUUUUGCUAUUUCUUUAAGCCGUCUGAUGUGCCACAAAAUUAUUUUAAGGUAUUUGUGAUUUAAGAGUGUUCUCAUGAAAUUAGCUGUAGAUAUUUUUAAAAAUACAGCUGAUUUUUAAAACUCUUGAGUAUUGCUCUAGGCAAGUGUUUAAGCUCUGGAGAGAAGGGAAGGUGGAUGGAGUUGUUUGGCUUUUGUAUUUCCGUGCUGUCAAAUAUCGGUCAGAACGUCAACUGUGUAAUCCUGCUGGUUCUUUAACUAUUGGCCUCUGUGGCCCUCAUGAAGGGGCUGAUAUUUUAAGUUGACUGUUUUAUUGUAAAUUAAUCCAUUCUAAUUUUUAAAGACUUGAUUUGACUGUUUUCCUUGUUAAAUAAUUUUUAAAAAAUAAAAAACUGGAAGUUCUUUGCUUAACUGUA